AUGCCUGUCCACCUCAAAAUUGUGCAGCCAGACGCUCAGUCAGUGCCUCCAAUUCCGUCUGACUUGACCCUCUUUGGCAUUCAUCCUCUUUUCCGUCAAGCCGCCUUCCGCUAUGCCGAUCAUUCACAAUAUCUCCCCCUCGAAGAACUGGACAAGAGCACUUAUGACCUCUCAGACCUUGUGUACGACCGCAUGAAGCCGGCCCUGAGAUUGGCGACCUUGUUCCUGAGACAGCUGAUGCCGGAGCUCGCCCGUGUUGGCUUGGCCAAAGUCGAAGAGUUUACGUUCCCAGAUGGCUACAAGGAUAAGGUACUGACGGAUGAAUGGCAGUUCCUACAAACUGCAACAGAGUCCUUUGAACGACACACUCUGGGGCUUCUGUCCACCAAAUAUCGAUUCACCAUCUUGACACGUGAGUUCGCGCGCCGCCUUUGUGACGCCCACGGAGAGCUAGCCGGAACUUCCACACUGAUCACUCAUGACCCUGACGCUGAGUUUGAUUUUGCUUACCCGCAGACUGCCUUGAACAGCUCGUGGUUCUGGUAUUUUGCUAGUGAGGCCUGGGAGACAAUUUCGACCGAAGAAAAGUACGCCAAACACUUCCUGUUCGCCUCCACCCUGAUCCACGAACUUGCGCAUGCUGUGUGGAUCAAUCGAGUCUUGACCGGGGCCCAGAUCAAAGGCGUCGGCAACGGUGAGAUUGACCUUGGUGUGGCCGAGCCGAGAUGCUUCGCCUACCAUGAGUUUGCCGAACUUGGCUGUGCAAUGGAGCUGGAGCUUUUUGAGGGUAUACCCUCCUUUCCCCACUUCGGAACCCCUACCGUCUCGGAAGCAGCCUGCCGCGACAACCCUUCCAAGGUGCUGUUCACAAUCUUGGACGUCAAGGGAAGAGCCAUGGAUAUCCACGAAGCGACGACCAAGACCAUCUAUUCAUUCUUUGAUCCUCGCUUUUGGGCCCCGAUGGACGAAAACAUCGCUGCGCAAUUCGAGAUUGAGCUUCUGGCGAACUCCCGAGUGCCUCGGCGUCGAUUGUCCACUUGCCUUUCUGACCCCAGAUCUCUCAACGGAUUCAAUGUGCCGGUUCUUUCAAUGCCAUUCCCUGGUAUGUUGAAGCCCGCAAUCACAGCUGACAAUGAGCUAUUUGAUUGA